AGCAAAUUCACCUGAGUUAAAAAUCUGGUGUUGAUGAAAUAUUUGAGAGUAGAGAGUCAAUCUGACUAUUGCAAGAGUAAAUCCAACUCUGGAUAGAGUCGUAUAGGUUUCUAUUCACUCCCAGUAGAAAAACAAGCAGUGUAAAAACAGAGUGUUAAACAUACUCUCCUUAAAAUGAACUCUGAGAGUGUUAACACAAAUAUUAUUCAAUUCUAGGACUUAGGUUAACUCCCAGAGUGUUACCCUUAUUGACUAACCGCACCCACAGUUUUUUUUAAACUUAUGGAAGCCAUUUUACAGAACACACAAACGCAGCAGGAACAAAGCAACAUCAACUCAAGGAAGAGCAUAUAAGGAUAUGCUAGCUAAAGUUGAGUAUGGAGGAAAACAAAAAUACAUCAAGAUUCCACAGUCUGAGGAAACCUUGGAAUACCAAAGAUUUCUUCAAGACAUUGCCACAAAAUUUGGUCUGCAACCUGAAAACCUGAAAGAAGAUCAGCUCGUCUUAACUGAUGAAUCAGGAACAGAAGUAGAUGAAGAUAUCUUCGAGGACCUUGUGAAGUCAGGUGUACUGAACUUCAAAUUUUCCUUUAGACAACCAGUUCUAGAUCUGGAAGUCCAAAUUGUUAGUCAGGAAUCAUCUUCUUCUGUAGUGUCAGACACUCCAUUAUCCCCAUUGUCAUCCAGUUCAUCCGACUCCACAGUCAUCCUUGAAUCAACAAAGAGAAGGAGGGUAGCAGAAUUGAUGGAUCGGGAUCAAGCAAAACAUAUGGUUGAAGAUGUCCUCAAGGCCAAUCCAAAGGGUGAAGAAAUCUUCAUGGAGUAUAACAAGACCAAAACUCUUACAGAUGGAAAACGGAAACAAAUGGUGAACAUCCUGGUGGCUGAUAUGAUCGAGACACAUGGGAGGAUUCCACCAUCAAGUGCACGAACUAAUUAUGCGCUGGGAAUUGUGACUCUGUUUCCAUACCUCCAAGAUCCAUACUCUGAAAAUGGAUAUGAACACUACUACGAUCCUGUGGGUAAAGGA